AUGAGGUACACUGCUGCGACAUGUGACCCUGACGAGUUUACGCUGCAACACGGAUAUAACUUACGCCCUUCUAUGUACAACCGGCAUACCGAGAUGCUCAUCGCAAUUACAUACUACAAUGAGGACAAGGUUCUUACUGCAAGAACACUGCAUGGAGUCAUGCAGAAUGUCCGUGAUAUUGUCAACCUCAAGAAAACCGAAUUCUGGAACAAAGGAGGUCCAGCCUGGCAAAAGAUUGUGGUCUGCCUCGUAUUCGAUGGGAUCAAGCCGUGUGACAAGAAUACACUUGAUCUACUAGCGACUAUUGGUAUCUACCAAGAUGGCGUGAUGAAGCAUGAUCUUGAUGGCAGAGAGACGGUGGCUCACAUUUUCGAAUAUACAACCCAGCUAUCGGUGACUCCGACGCAACAAUUGAUUCGACCGUUCGAAGACGACCCUACAAAUCUCCCACCAGUUCAAAUGAUCUUCUGUCUUAAACAAAAGAAUAGCAAGAAGAUUAAUUCGCACCGGUGGCUGUUCAAUGCAUUUGGUCGCAUCCUCAACCCAGAAGUGUGCAUUCUUAUUGAUGCAGGGACGAAACCAGGUCAUAAAUCCUUGCUUACUUUAUGGGAGGCAUUCUACAACGAGAAGGAUCUCGGUGGGGCUUGCGGCGAAAUUCACGCCCUUCUUGGCCCCGGUUGGCGAAAAGUCUUGAACCCGAUCGUUGCGGCGCAGAAUUUCGAAUACAAGAUUUCUAACAUUCUGGACAAGCCUUUGGAAAGCAGCUUCGGAUAUGUGAGCGUUCUGCCAGGGGCAUUCUCGGCCUACCGGUAUAGAGCGAUUGUUGGGAGGCCACUGGAACAAUAUUUCCAUGGCGACCAUACCCUGUCUGGGAGGUUGGGAAAGAAGGGAAUUGAGGGCAUGAACAUUUUCAAAAAGAACAUGUUCUUGGCCGAGGAUAGGAUUUUGUGCUUCGAGUUGGUCGCCAAAGCGGGUUGUCGUUGGCGACUUACUUAUGUCAAAGCAUCGAAAGGAGAGACGGACGUGCCUGAGAGCCCUCCUGAAUUUCUCUCGCAAAGACGACGCUGGCUCAACGGAUCAUUUGCAGCUGGUCUGUAUUCAAUGAUGCAUUUCAAUCGUAUCUACCAAAGUGGUCACAGUUUCCCCAGGCUAUUUGUUCUUCACGUCCAAUUUGUCUACAACGUGUGUCAGCUCAUCAUGACAUGGUUCUCACUAGCAUCUUACUGGCUUACCACCUCUGUCAUCAUGGAUAUCGUUGGUAUUCGAAGUGCAGUGAACCACUAUAAGUCCUGGCCAUUCGGAAGCGAAAUCUCACCGAUCUUCAACACAUUUCUUAAAUUUGGGUAUAUCACAUUUCUCAUACUCCAAUUUAUUCUAGCUCUAGGCAAUCGACCUAAAGGGUCCCGAAUACCGUACACGCUCUCGCUAAUCUAUUUUUCCAUCGUUCAGUUCUAUAUUCUGGUGUUGUCAUUCUACCUCGUCGCACAGGCACUGACUCCAGAAAACCUCAGCUUCAAUCUCAAGGACGGCAUUGGAGCAUUUCUGAAACAAUUUGUCUCUUCUACGGGUGGAGUUGUCCUGGUCGCGUUGGUGUCCACAUACGGGAUCUAUUUCAUCGCCAGCUUCCUCUAUUGGGACCCGUGGCAUAUGUUCACAUCCUCCUGGGCCUACUUCCUUGGCAUGCCAUCUUCAAUCAACAUCUUGAUGGUCUACGCAUUCUGCAACUGGCACGAUGUCUCGUGGGGAACCAAGGGAUCCGACAAAGCAGAUGCCCUACCCUCCGCUCAGACAAAGCAGGAUGCUCAAGUGCCAUUCGUGGAGGAGCUUGACAAACCACAGGCUGAUAUCGAUGUGCAAUUCGAACAGACAGUCAAACGGGCACUUGCUCCGUGGCGUGAGCCGGAGGAAAAGGAUGAAACAACCCUCGAGGACUCAUACAAAGCAUUCAGAACUAAUCUCGUGCUGCUCUGGACAUUCAGCAAUGGGUUGCUGGCAUUAUGCAUCAACAAUGAUGGAAUCAAGAAGCUUUGUCUUACGACAACUUCCACCCUCCGAACCGCGUGGUAUUUCCGGGUCGUUCUCUGGGCCACCUCGGGUCUGUCCAUUUUCAGGUUCAUGGGCGCCUUGUGGUUCCUUGGCAAAGUUGGCAUCUUGUGUUGCUUUUCCAGACGAUAA